CUCCAGAACAGAUCUUCGUGUAGUAGGCCCAGAUCCAUCAUAGUCAGGAGCUAAGAAGACAACCCUGUAACUUUGAAUGUUAUGACAUUUCAGGGAAUAAGUUCCUAGUGUACAUUUUACCAUAUCAGGCCUCUUGACUGCUUUAUGCUGUAUCCAACGGGACAAGAGAUGUCACUAUCACAUUUGAUUUUAGAAGUGGCUCAUUCAUUAAUACAUUUCUGCCUCCCUGUGCCAUUAGACAACUGCUAUGGAGUCCUGGGAAUGGGGAGGCAACGUCACCCUGAUGACAGAGUUUGUCCUGGUGGGUUUCACAACAGUGCCACGCCUGCAAGUCACCUUCUUCAUGCUCUUUCUCUUCUCCUACAUCCUGACGCUGAUGGGGAACGUCAGUCUCAUGACCUUGAUCUUCCUGGAAUCUCGCCUGCACACGCCUAUGUACUUCUUCGUGGGCAACCUCUCCUUUCUGGACAUGUGGUAUUCCACAGUCUAUAUCCCCCGGAUCCUGACUGACUGCAUGUCCAAGAGCAAUGUCAUCUCCUAUGCUGGCUGUGCUGCCCAGUUCUUCUUCUCUACUUGCCUCUGUUUCACUGAGUGUUACCUGCUGGCUGCCAUGGCCUAUGACCGCUAUGCAGCCAUCUGCAACCCACUGCUCUAUUCCUCAACAAUGACCAGGAAAUUCUGUAUCCAGCUAGUGGCUGGCUCCUAUGUCGCUGGUUUUGCCAAUGCCAUUACACACACAGGCAACACUUUCCGCUUGCAUUUUUGUGGGGACAACAGAAUUAAUCAUUUCUUCUGUGAUGUACCGCCACUGAUGAAGAUGGCCUGUGAAAACACCCAGGGCUAUCAGCUCAUCUUAGCUGCUGCUGUUGGCUCUAAUGUGGUGGCCACCACUACCCUCAUCCUGGGUUCCUACACAGGGAUUGUUGUGGCCAUCUUGCGUAUCCGCUCAGCCAGCGGCCGACACAAGGCCUUCUCUACCUGCUCUGCCCAUCUGAUCUCUGUGUCCCUCUUCUAUGGCUCCCUCCUCUUCAUGUACUUGCAGCCCAGCUCCCUGCACACCCCAGAUCGGGACAAGGUGACUGCCUUGUUCUGUACAGUGGUCAAUCCAUUAGUUAACCCCAUGAUCUACAGCCUGCGCAACAAAGAUGUGAAAGAUGCAUUCAGAACAGCCGUCAGGAGAACCAUUGCACCCGGAUAAUCGGUAAUGCCAGCUGGCUGACUACACAGGAAAGAGAGGGGAGACUCUCUUGCCAACUCUGUAUGUUUAAUCACAACUCCUGAUAUUUGGUUGUGGUUACUGCCUUUAGCUGUUUCAUAAAAACAUCUGACAAGUGGGUGAGUGGA